GUUAAGUUCGUGGGCUGGCACGGGCUGGUUGGUCGAUUGGUAGCCAUGGCUCGAAUUGCUGCGCUACUGCUGUUACCGGUCUUUAUUGAAUCGGUAUUUUCCAUUUCAUUCUUUUUACCGGUGAAUUCCAGGAAGUGCUUACGGGAGGAGAUCCACAAAGACGUCCUAGUCACGGGGGAGUAUGUAAUAGACGAACAGGCAAACACCAAAACUAAUCUGAAGAUCACAGAUUCCUCCAGCCACACUCUUUACUCUAAGGAAGAUGCAAGCAAGGGAAAGUUUGCAUUCACCACAGAGGACUAUGACAUGUUUGAGGUGUGCUUUGAGAGCAAGUCACCCAUGGGAACUGGAAGAGUGCCUGACCAGCUGGUUGAUUUAGACAUGAAGCAUGGUGUGGAGGCCAAAAACUACGAGGAGAUCGCCAAGGUGGAGAAGCUGAAGCCUCUUGAGGUCGAACUGAGACGACUUGAGGACCUGUCGGAGUCAAUCGUCAAUGACUUUGCUUACAUGAAGAAGAGAGAGGAGGAAAUGCGAGACACCAAUGAGUCCACCAACACACGUGUGCUGUACUUCAGCAUAUUCUCCAUGUGCUGUCUCAUUGGACUGGCCACAUGGCAGGUGUUCUACCUGCGGCGCUUCUUCAAGGCAAAGAAGCUGAUCGAGUAGAGCUGCCCCUAGCUGUUAACCCCGGGGGAAGCUGCCUGCCAACACAUCCCAACAUCCACCCUCCUUGGACUAUCUUCAGCAAACAACAGCAAGUGGGGCUGAGGGGCUCAAAUUCUAGUUUUCACGGCUGUGAAAGAAAACGUACCGAGGUUGACCUCCGGAAAAACAAAUUCUCCUGCUUAUUUAGUGGUUUAAAACAUGAAAAGCGCUGUAGGGAGAAACGCACUGUGAGACAUGUGCAGGUGUAUGUCACUGCAUUAGUGAGAUAUGUCCAGCUCCAUGACACUCGACCUUUCUGUCUGCAUCGUUUUGAAUGUUGCAGCUCACUGAAUGAGAACUUUUUCUUUCAAUCAGUUGAACAGUGAAGUUUGCUUCUGAGCUCAGUUUGAAUGGUUGUGCCAUGAGCGAACUUGUUUUGCCCUUUUUGUUUGAUGUACACAUUCUUUGCCACGCCAAGCAAACUAGAUCCUUGGUGCCCCUUCAUCAAGUGAAGGUUAUUUGAAAAAGUGGUUUCUUGUUGUUUUGAGAAAAUUGGCAACCACUGAACUGUUUUAUCUUAAUUUGCAUCCAUGUUCAAUAGCUAAAUUUAACAAUGUCUUUGGUUAGUUUUCAUAUUGUAUGUGCUACUUAGUUGCUUCUGCGGGUAUAUUUUUGGGGGGUUGUGAAUUGUCAGAGUAAUAUUUACCUAAUUAUAAAUGAGGUCAUUCUAUUAGCUCAUGCACAGUCUAGUUUCGUCUUUGGGACAUUUGAACCUAACAAAAGUAUCCAGCACCUCAAACCUUGUCCUUCUGGAAAACAAUUACUGUGUUCGAUGUAUGACUCAAAAGUUGAACUGCUGGGUUUGCUUACAUAAGACUAUGCAAGCUUCCCUUCCCAGAGUACAGCAGAUAUAGAUUCUGAUAACAAAGUGAAAUAAGGCAAUCUAAACAGUGUCUGUAUUCUACUUGUCUUCUGCCCAUCUUAUUUACACACAGGCACAUUAAAUUAACCUUUUGUAUUUAAAAAAAGAAAAGCAUGUUCCAAGUUUUUUUCAGGUCCAUCCAGUGUGCUGCUUUUCUCUAGAAAUACUUACGAGUCUUGGGUUACAUGGAAAUAUGGGUGGUUGCUAAUAUCUAUUUUGUUUUUGACAGGGAAGAAGUCAGGCAUCUGUCAUGGGUACAUUUUUAUCAAUGAACAUGCGCCUUAUGCGCAAUCAAUGAUUUUUAUGUUGACCGAUACCGUUUUGUAAAUUUGUGUUGGGCUUUUAUUCAAUAAAAUAUUGGAUGGAUUUACAUUUA